GUUGUUAUGAGGUUACUGAACAUCGCAAUUAGGGGCCAGGUUCUGCUGUUCCUCCGACCUCCGGAUGAUGAUGAUCAAAUACUUGAUGUAUUUCUGCUGCAGGACAACAUUCCUCUGAGUGAGGUUGCCGCCCAACAAGGAGCAGCUGAGAACAUUAAGAUCUCUUCUGACUGUGAUCUCAGCAUUGGUCAAAACUACAGUGUUCACUGUGAACCUGAAGCCUCCAUAAUCCAGCCUGAGCGUGCACAAUUUCGCACAAAGUGUGGACCAAACUUCUUCCCAACGUUUGAGGUUUUCCUCACUACAAACCAAGAGAGAAUGACUUUCAUGGUCCACGACCAAGAGGGGACACGAAUGUGGAAUCGGGUGGUGCAACUGACAGGUUCAAAAAGUGAAAAUCUAGAGAGGAAUCUCCAAGCAAGGGACAUCGCCACAGUGGGUGAAAGCAGCACAGCAGAGGACUCUCCCAGCAGGAGAAUCUCUCAGCAGGGGAAUCACCCAGCUGAGGACAUCAUUCCAGCAGAGGAAAGGCUGCGCUCGAUACGGACAGAGUUUGUUACCAGAGUGUCUGAACCUAAUCUAGACAAGCUUCUGGAUAAACUUCUUGAGUUUGGGGUUUUAAAUGAUGAUGAAAUGCAGUUAGCCAGCACAAAAACAGGAGCAAACAAAGCUCGAGAUGUGAUCGACAUGGUGCGAAGAAAGGGAACUGAAGCCAGCUCACGUUUUAUUGCUGCCCUCCAUGUGGUGGAUCCAAACCUUUCCAGACAGCUCAACUUAAGCUGAGUGUGAAGAUGAUGUAUAUCAGCUGACUGUUUUAUGGUCUCAAAUUACUUAGUUUCAUCUUUAGCUGUCAGCUGAAACUAAUAUGAAGCUUCAGCGUCCAAAUUAGUCAAAUCUUCAUCUUCUAUGUUCGAAAGUUACAGUGUUUUUAGUAGCAAAGUCUUUGUGUUACUAUGGUUACAGCACAGUUCAACAGAAACAUUAAGAGGGAAUCUGAUGCUAAAAACACUGUAAAUGUGUCAGAUAUCAUUGAUAUAAUAACUCACACUGAUGAAGCUCAAUAGAAGCUGAUCAGAUUUUAAAUGACUGUGUGGACAAACUCACUUUACAUUGAAAGCACAUAUGAAGGAGAUCUUUUAAUAGUCAGUAUGAACAGGAGGAAUGAUUACAGAGAGGAAAACCUCUUUACUGCUCAUAUGGACACCUGACUGCUGGUUUAAGAUAGACUUGAAACAUUUUGAAACUAUUCUUUAAUAUGUGUGUGAUUAUGAAGAUGAUACAAAGAAAUUAUUUAGUCCUAGUUUCAUAUUUUUUUAUCAAAAUGCAAAUAUAUUUUUUAUGUGGUGUAACUGUGUUGAAUGGAUAGGAUCUC